AACCACCCACUGUCUUCUGACCUUGACAAUCGGAUAGUAGCCGGACUCUCGCACUGCAGGACUGCCCCGCUCAGAAAUUGCUUCGCCUUCUCCUGUGCGGACGGCUACACCGCGCCGGUCGACGCCGCUCCGCCCCGCCCCCGCCCGGCUCUCCCUCCUCCUCCUUCAGCGUCGAUACUCAUCCGGCCUCGCCGGCGGUCCUCCCGGCCCUGUCUCGCCGUCCUUCCGCGUCCCGCUACAGUCUCAUUCGGCCGGUCGCGCCGGGCGCCCCCAAGGUGCUCGUCGAAACGCCGCAGAGGCGCUCGGCCUCCCCCACGCGUGCUAGGCGCGUCCUCGGCUGCUCUCGCGGCGGCGGACCGGGUCCUCAUGGCGCAGGCUAAGCGGUACGUGCUGCGCCUCUUCAUCUCGCUCAAGUACGUGACGGCCAACGUGGUGGACCGGCAGAGCGGUCGCGUCGUGCUCACCGCCUCCACCGUCGAGAAGCCCCUCCAGGAUGGGCUGGAGAGCGGCCGCGCCUGCAACGCCAAGGCAGCCGCCGCCGUUGGCGAGGUGCUCGCCAUGCGCCUCCGGGUCGACGGCCUGGCCCGCGAGCCAAUCCACGCCGACGCCUCCAAGGAGGUCGAGAAGAAGGGCUUCAAGAACCGCACCAAGGUCUGGGCCAUCCUCAACGCGCUCCGCAGCCACGGCGUCAACCUCCACGUAGACGACGACGGCGACCAUAGGCGGCACAUCUGAUGAGCAUCAGUGCGUCCCUCCAACUCUCUGCCCUCACGCUGCUUCUAAACGUAAGAUGCUACAAAUAAGGUGCAGGUGUUUGAGUGCUUUCAGUGCUUUGAAUUCAACAGUGAUAUUUGAUGUUGCUUCACUGUUGUAGUUCUCUGCUCCCAGCUAGUCUAAUAUCCAUUUUUCAAGUAUAAACCUCUAAUACUUUGCCUUGUUGCAAGGUCACUACUGAAACUUGACUUCUGUCUAAACAGAGGUAACUCUGCAGUGUUCCUGAAUCAGAUUUCAGUAAAAUGAAAUGAAAUGUGGUAACAGA